AUGGUGAAGAAGUGGAAGGACGAUUCGGAUAGGCAGUGGAUCAGAAGCGUCCAUAUGCAACGUGGUGGGCAGCGUGAGUUGCUCUCUGCGAGCCGCAACGGCAAAGUCAAGCUUUGGGACAUUCGUAUGGACAAGCCGCUCCAAACAUUCCAGACUACGAGAGACAUCCUACGCACAGCAAGCACGCACGAGCAUCUACCUGUCUUUGCAGUGGGCACGUCAGCACACAUCGUCAAGGUAUUCAACUUUGACGGUAAAGAGCUCUCUCGAGUUGAGCCUUACUCGAGCUUCCUUGGCCAAAACCGAGGCUCACCCAUUUCUGCCACAGCAUUCCAUCCUCAUCGGAUGGUGCUCGGUGCUGCUGCUCGUGGUGACCACCACAUUAACCUCUUCACCUGCGCGUCGGAGAGAGCUGAUUGA